AAAGGAAGAAGAGAUAAAUAUAAAUCGAAUUACGCAUUCGAUUUUAUUGGAGUUUUGAUUUUUUUUUUUUUUAAAUUUCCGUGAGAAUUAUCUGAUAAUCUCAGUUUUUCAUUCCCUUUUUAGCUUUGAAGGAAGUGCCAGGCAAAUUGUGUGCAGACGAGUUCUGCUGGGCUUAGAUUUUAGCACCUGCUAUUGCCAAUUGCAACUGCAAACGUUCAGCGCUAAUUCGGUCACAGUUUUUUGGUGUAUUGUUUAUGGCUGUGGCCUUUACUAAUCUUUCAUGGUGGCUAUGGAGUGGAAAACAUCAAGAACCUAGAAUAUCUAAUGGAUCUUCUUUGAGUCUUUCAUCUGAUUCAGGUUCAUGGGAAUCAGAUAAUCUGAAGUUCCCAUUGGUUAAGGGAGCUAAUUUCUCAUCGUCAUCUAGAAGGGUAAAGCGCAAGUGGCAUAGCAGGGAAGAGAGAAAAAUUGAUAGGGAAUAUGAUGUAGUUCUAGUUCCAUCUGAUGGCGGAUGUGUUUCAGGAUCUGAAUCUGAUGAUUCAGAUUAUUCUAUUGGAUGGUUAGAACCUCAUGGACCUGAAUUCCAAAGUGACAAUGACACAGACAACAGCUUUGCCGUGCUGGUUCCGUGUUAUGAGCACAGCCAAGACAGCAUGGGAGAGAAUCCACAGAACAACAUUUUGGGUGCCAUUGUGAACAUCUCAGAUGGUUAUUCUGCUGAGAGCAAGAAAUACAUGGAACAGUGGCUAUCUUCUCUCCAGAACAGCUGACACCCUUGAUUAUUGAUGGCUGUGUACAAGUCUGUAUUAUGAUCUGCUUCAUUUGCUUGAAGAACCUAUUCUAUUGUUGUAAUUAGAUAGUUAUUGUAUAUAAGUAUGAAAGACAGAUGAAUGUAUCAUAGAGAAGGGGUAAAAGAAGAGAUCUAGUGUAGGAUCUUUUUAUGAGUGGCAAGAACAGCAGUGAAGGAUCAACUGUAGUUGAGGAUGGAACUUGGAACUGAUGCGUUCUCAUCACAGCUUCGUUGAUACAGGCAGAGAAAGGAAUGGACCUGCUGUCUAGUGGCCCUGUUUCUCAUGUUGCCCAGAUUGAGCAGAUUGCUGUAUAAUUCAAGAUUAUAGGGGUUGGUAUGGUUAGAGGAUAAACUAGAAGACGAAGGUGUGGGUGUGUCUCCAAUUCAUCGAUGUAAAUAUGCUGGCUGUGCAUUUUGAAGCUGGUUUCUGCUUUUCCAUGUUACUAAUGUAAAUAAUACGCAAAUAAGUGAAGUAUUUGUGUAAAUUUCUUUAAAUGAAGGCUUUCUCUCUCU